AUGUCAACUUCACUUGGACAUUCACUAACUUUAACAAUACCUUUUCCUUCUUCAAGACUUGCAAGUAUAGCAGAACGUACUCUAAAUGUUGAUAAGGAACUUAAAAGUGAUCAGGUUAAACGAAUUAUUUCAACCGAUGAUGAUAAAUUAAUCGUUACAUUUGAUUGUGCGAGUGUAAAAUUACUUCGAGUUUCAGUUAAUUCUUUACUUGAUAUGAUAAUUAUGAUUACGAAAACCAUGGAUGCCUUUGACGGAAUGGAAUAA